AUGUCUUCACAUGUACUUACUAGUCAAAACGGAGAAUCUUCAUCUAACGACAUACACGUAACAUCAAGAGGACCAGCAAUUUUGCUCAUUAAAUUCAUACAAUUUAGCGUAUUAAAGGACAUUAACAGGAAUCCUUUUUCGUUAUCCCUUCCCAAGACUAAAUUGGAAUUCAGUAUAGAUGAUGAAAAUAAUCAAAGAUGCAUGACUACGGAAACUAAAUUUAAGAAAAAAGAUCCGACUGUUUGGUCUGAGCACUUGACCUUUGAAUUAUCGCCUCCGAUAAAAGAUAUUUUAUCGUUAUAUGUAAGAUGCUACAACAUGAGUAAAAAAGGGGAUGACGGAUUAUUUGGGGAAGCUAAAGUAAAAUUAAGUACUUUCAAAGGUCAUAAAGAAAAAGCGAGGUUAACCUUGGAGAAGAAUGAAGAAUCUGUUGGCGAUUUAUUCUUUGAUAUUUAUUUUCUCUCGGGGAGUCCACCAAAAGAUGCCGACCUAAACUUACGGAACGUAUCCUCGUCAAAUGAUAAAAUAGGCGGCGUAUUAUUAUUGAAAGAGAUCACCUGUAAAGACAUGAGUAAAAAGGGGCCUUUAGAAUUCAUUCUCAAUAAUAACGAGGCUGAAGCGCAUUUAACCAAGAAAUACUGGAAAAUGUCAUCAGAUUCACAACUCACUGGCUUUACAAAAGCAAAAUUUGAAAUCAAGUCCAAAGACGCCAAUACUUGGAGAUCAUUGAUGCAAUCGGGAACAAUUAAAUCUGGCAACGUCCCAUUUGUAGAAGAUGGCUUUGAUGAGGCUGGUUAUAUAAAUUUCGAAUUAUCUUUUCAUGGCUUAACUACAUUUAAACAGAUACAGGAAAAUAUUCAAGAAGUAACGCAGACUUCAAUCUCAGAAACAAGAAAACCACCAAUAAAUACAGAGCAAAAUACAAAAGAGCAGAAUGGUAAAAACAAGACUUCUCAAAAUGGGAAAGCUAGGACUUCAACAUUGCAGCAAACACAAAUAAAUACUAAUAUAGUAAAUGCCAAAAAUGACCAAAAUCAGAAUAAUAAGGAUUCCGUGCAAAGUGAUUUUGGACAACAAAUGAAUACACCGCAAUUUACUAAAGAGCAAAAUGGUGAUGAGACAUCAAAUCAAAUUACGGAAGUUAAGCAAACACAAAUAGACCAUAACAUAGCAGAUGCCGAAAAGGAUCAUAACGAGAGCAUUGACGUUAAUGACCAAAAUAAUAGUUCCGUCCAAAAUGAUUUUGAACAGAUGAUUACGAAAGUAGAGCAGAAUCGUGAUAACAAGGAUAACAAGACUAAACUAACAGAAGUUACGGAAGUUGUGACUUCAACAUUAGAAAACAAGCAAACACGAAUAAAUAAUAUAGUAAAUGACAAAAAUGACCAAAAUCAGAAUAACGAGGAUUUUGACAAAAGUAAUUUUGAACAAAUGAAUGCACGGCAAUCUACCGAAGUAGAGCAGAAUGGUGAUAACAAGCCUUCUCAAAUUGAGUCAAAAGAAGAAGCAAAACCAGCUACGGAAGUUGAGACCUCAACAUUAGAAAACAAGCAAAAAACAACAAAUGACCUUAGCGAUAAUGAAUCGCAGAUAAGUCUAACGUCAACAAAUCCAUCUCUGAACGGAAACUUGACAUUAGUCUGCUUAAGAUAUAUAGUAAUGUAUCCGGUUGAAAAUAAUUCUCCAUCGGAUAGGAAAUCUAGUCGGCAUAAAAAUCGAAUAUACAAAGGGCAUAACAUUUUUAAUUUAGAACAAGUAAUAAUAAAAGUAUUUGAACGUCGUUCUUCAUGGGAAAAUGAAAGGAAGUAUCUUUGUAGUUUAAGCUCGAAGUAUGUCGUCAAAUGGGAGGAUAUGGAAAUGGAAAUCAAUCGCUCUUUAGGCGGCUUCGUGUCUGUUACCACUGAUGCUGGCGAAAAUCUGGAAACGAAUGUGUUUAUAUUUAGAGAUUCAAUUGCAAGAAAAAGAAUCUUAUUAAGCAUAUCUAAAGCAAUUGAAUUUCUCCAUAAUGAAAAAAUUGCUCACCUUGAUUUGACACCGUCAAAUAUUAUCUGUAAGCCGAAUAACGUGUAUAAGAUACGCCUUUGUGAUUUUGAAUCAGCAAAAAAAUUUGGAGACUAUCUUCAAUCCAACUUUCGUUCAUGUGGAUAUAGCGCUCCAGAGAUUGUGCAGAAUGAUACUAUAAAAGUGAGCUCCGCACAAGAUAUAUUUAGCUUAGGUUGCAUUUUUUAUUUCAUCCAUACGAAAAAAUACAUUUAUGACGAUUUCAGCGACUUAAUUGAUUCAACAUGUUCUGAUUGGGUUCGUGGUGGUGAUAUUUCCGACACGCAAGCCACGAAUAUUAUUUUACGGAUGUUAAAUUGGGAUCCAGUUGGCCGUCCAGCAAUACAAGAUGUGAUAUACUCGGAUUAUUUUAACGAAUUCUCAAAUACAGAUGAAGUCAGCAGCGAAUUUAGAAGUGUUAGAAGUUCAAGUACUUCUAAAAAAAAUGAAUUAUAA